UUUCGUUCUUGAAAGUGUUCAGAGGUAAGUGUUCUUGAUUACCCUGCACCAUCGUCUUCCUUCUUCCUUUUUUCCUAUUGGUUAACAAGUUCUAGUUGGAUUUGCUGGUUUUUGUUAAUGAACUCCAAAAGUUAUUAGUAUUAAUCUUUAUGCAGAGUAUAUUAAUUCUGAAUCUUGGGUUCUACCAUUGUGGCAAAGAGGAUAAAAAGAAAGGACCCAUUUUGGAGGUUAUCUUAAUUCAGGAAAAAAGAAGAUUAAAGAAGAAGAUGAGUUCAGUUCCUAAAGAAAAUUUGUUUUGUUUGAAAUGGCCAUGGGAUAUUAGCAAACAGCCGAAAAGUCCUAACUUUUGUACCUUUGAAGGUCCUUGGUUUUUCAAGUCUAUGCAAAAUUUAGGAUCCCUUGUUCUAAAUUCUUUCAACUCGGUUUCGAAAUCUUCUGGUUCAUGGUUCAAUAAUUUCAAUCCUGCCCAAUUGGCUGCUGGGAGUAGUCUAAAUGGCAACUUGAAGUUGAAAAGGAAAAUAUUGAGUCCUGAAGAACAAGGGGAGGCCGAGCAUAGAGCUCUUGCAUCAGCGCUAGCAAGUGGAAAGGAGGCUACAGUGAUUGAGUUUUACUCACCUAAAUGUAGUUUAUGUAAUUCCUUACUUAAGUUAGUCAUGGAGUUGGAGAAUAGGAAUUCAGAUUGGCUCAACAUUGUUAUGGCUGAUGCUGAGAAUGAGAAAUGGCUCCCUGAGCUUCUUCAUUACGACAUCAAAUAUGUUCCUUGCUUCGUGUUGUUGGACAAAAAUGGGUGGGCACUUGCAAAAACAGGUAUUCCCAGCAGUCGGCUGCAUGUAGUGGCAGGUCUCUCUCAUCUUCUCAAGAUAAAGCAUCCUACAUGUGGCGGUAGCUCUUGCUCAUCUCCUCAACAAUGAUAUUUUUACCAUUGUAAGUUCUUUGAAGACACAUUUUAUUCCUUCCCUUCUGUGGGGAGGAGAGGUGUUUGCAGUGUCUUGAUAUGCAGCUGUAGUCAAUUAAAAGACUUCAGAGUUGCUGGAAAGUGGUGAAGAGAUACUUACAGUGAAGAGUCAGAGAACGGACAGCUUGAUUACUGUUAGCCAUGAUAUCUCAUCUUUGAGGCAUUGCCGAUGGCUGUCUUUAUGAAGAAGCAAAUUGAUACAGAGUUUCAAUAUGUUCAUGAUCGAUGUUUGUCUGCAUUUGCAUGUCUGCACUUUUGCAUUAGUCUUACCUGUCAACAAAUUUGUAGCUAUUGCCCUUGAUGUUGGACCGACCAACAUUAGAGGAGAGGUGGCUAGAAUGAGCAAAUAAUGCUAAUGAUGCAGUUGGGUUUGAUUUCCCACCUUCUUAGCUGAUGUGCAAGCAAAAAUAAAUGGUGAAGAGUCCCCCUUUCACCGCAGCUCGCAGGCCAUUUUUGGCGCCUCUGUCCUAUGAGGAUUUCCUCCACCUGGUGCCGAUAUUUCUCUCUUCAAG